GAACCAAAUGAGUAGAGAUAUAUAUCAGUCAUUCUAGAAGUGCCCCCAUACUAUUAAUGAUUGGGACGAGGCUUCUUUUUCUCUCCCUUUUUUUGGUUGUUUCUUGACGACUCUUGGGAUCGGGCUUGGCACCUCGCAGCACUUGUUGCAUGUCAGGACGAUCACUGACGCGAUCCUAAUGUGUGUAGCAGGUCUGAUGGAUGUGCCAGGGCCAAGAUGGAAGAAGGGGAAAGACGGCGAGGACUUCGCGGCUUUGGCCGCUGUGAAUCCCAUGUCGGGUAUAGUCGUCCAGCUCCAGGCUUCACUGAGAGCAUGCGAAUGCGUGGCAGUUUUGUCAGGCUGCAACGGCGUGCUUCACGUUGGGGCGGAGCAGGCCGCGCUCCUGAGCCGCUCAGCGUUCGGGCAGCCCGCGGAGCCGGCGAGCACGGCAGGAGAUGCAGCGAAGCAGCGGUUCUCCCACUUCCAGGUAGGCUCCGAGGAGAUGCUCUACCCGCUGCACGCUCUCAAGUGCGUCAGCGUCGUCAAGCCGGAGAGGAAGGAGAAGAAGGUGACGAUGAACGAGGAGGAGGUGUGGGAGCACCUGAGGUCGGCACGGCCGGCCUUCCCGGAGCUGUACAAGGCGUACUCGCACCUCCGGCGCCGCAACUGGGUCGUCCGCUCAGGAUUGCAGUAUGGCGCGGACUUCGUGGCGUAUCGCCACCACCCCGCGCUUGUCCACUCCGAGUACGCGGUCAUCGUGGUCGGUAGCCACCACGGCGACCUGCUCUGCGCGCUCCGGGCGGCCGGCAGCGCAGCCAAGACGUUGCUUGUUCUCACCGUCGUCUGCGGCGGUGGUAUGGGCCGGCCGGAUUGCUUGCGGGAGCUCGCGGUUCAUGAGAGGGUGAUCACGAGGUGGGUACUGCAGCAGUGCAGCGAGGAGGACCAAUGUGGCAAGGUGGGCGUGACAAGCCCUCAAGACUGAAGAGGAAUCGUGCAUGGCAUCUUGUUCAGUAGAUGCAGGUCUUUAAUGGGAUGGCUGUCCCUGGCUUCCAUUUUCAGCAGCGCGCGAAAGAGGGAGCACCUCAAUGGCAAGCCGGUCUCACGCGCCUCGCGUUUCCUUGCUCUGCUAUCGCUCUGUUCUGCUCAGGUCGCGUCGUGGAGCCGUCCCAUUGCUGGAAUAACUCUCGUCAGGCUUGUGUUGCCUGGUCGUGGUGGCCUGCCUUCCGGGUGCCUACGUCUCUCGGCUCUCUCUCAUCCUCGUCACUCCUGGUUCCCGUCGGUCAUAAGGCUCGCCACCGGCGGACGAGGACGGCCGGACUCUCGGUGGUGCGCGGCACCGGCUCUCCAAUCACUAGAGCGACGUGCAGAGGAGAGGAGAUACCGUUGGUGCGAUGCGACACUUCACUCCAGUAAUAUAAUUAAGCAGUUUACUGAAGUGAUACUCCAUAUGUACGCCUAGCCUAGAAAAGUUAGAAAUGCUCAUGCUCAUGCUCAUUGGCAUUGCCCGUCGCGGAAGGAACGACGAAGUCCAACACGCCGCCGUACGUAGCCAGCGGCGACGAA